AUGAAACCCAUUGAAGAGAGCCACGUGGGGAAUGCUCGAGUAUUGAGCUAUAACUUUAACAUCCUUCCACGGGGGUGCGGUGGCUAUCAGCAUGAGCGUAUCGACACGUUUCUCGAACUAGUAGGCUCAUACGACAUCCUUUUACUUCAAGAAGUGUAUGCGACCAGCAUUUUGCCCUAUGCCUUUCAAAAACGUUUCUGCUUUAAGAAAAUGUUGUUGGAUGGGCUAAAGGAGAGAGGCUUUCACCAUUACGUCAUUUCUAGACAGCCUUCUUAUCGUACAAUGCUGCGCCAUGACGUUAUAUCUGACAACGGUCUCAUCAUCGCAUCGCGGUUUCCAAUAUGCCACCGAGGCUCCUAUACAUUCAGAAAGGAAGACGAUGCAUCGCAUCUCAUGCUGAAGGGGUGCAUUUUUGCCGAAAUCGAAAUUCCAAUGUCAAACAGUAACCAUAGUGGACGAAUUGUAUUUUUUAAUGUUCAUUUACGUCCUGAGGAGCGGGUGCCAUCUGAGUCGUCUCAGGUUCAACAAAUGAUUCGUUUUAUUGAUUCAGUUCUAAAGCAAUUGGAAAAUAAUAUAGAGGGCUCGCUUGAUGUCAAAUGUCCUUUCAUUGUCGCUGGAAGCUUUAAUAUUCAUGGUAUUAAACCCAAUACGAACCUUCCAUCAAGGGCCUUCAACGACUUAACUAACGAACUGCAUGCACUUGGAAACGUUAAGGAUAUUGUUUUUGAAGAGAACGGUUUCAAUCCACCGACGCGUCCCGCGAAGCUAUUCUUUCCUACACGUCACAAACUGGAAAGCAACCCGUCCGUUCCUCAGCGAGAGGACUACUUCUUCAUUCUUCAUCCCAUAGAGGCGUCGGGUUCUCAGUUGGAAAAAUUUAUUGUAAGUAGUCGCCGCCCAUAUACGUACCUUUCUGAUCAUUUUGGUAUCAAGUCUGUUAUUUCUGUCCCCGUCCGACGUGAUCAACACACGCGAAGGCAGUCGUCAUCUCUUCUAAAAAUAUCUCCGCUAGUCGAACAGGUGCACCAUGAGGCGUCCAACCCGACCUCUGCAUAUCACUUGGAUCUAUUUCUAAUUUUUUGUGUCGCAUGGAUGACGCUCACUGUCAGUAUCAAACCUUUCCUCCUUACGUGCCUCAUUUGGCUGAUUGUGCGCUGCUCACGCUACACUCUUAGCGGCUUGCCUGACGAAGCUCACUUUACCUUCGUCACGGAUAAGGUUAUAAAGGGUGAAGCCGAAAUGCAUCUUUCCCCUCGAAUUCCCGACCCUUUACCCCACGUGAAGAACCUUAGUGAGAUGUGGAAGCGUUCGGUUGUUCGCUUCCGAAGGCGUCGCUGCUUGGGUAGCACAGGGUACAUGGGACAAGUGAGCUGGAUUUCGUAUGACACGACGGACGCACGUGCGCGGGAUCUUGGUGCAGGCCUUCUUUCCCUAGGCUUGAAAUUCGGGGACACCAUUGGCGUUCAGUGUGAGGCUUGUCGUAAUGCGUCCAUCCUUGAUAUUGCCUGCGUUAUCUACGGAUUCAAUACCCUGGGUCUAGCUGGGAAACGAAGCCACAUUCGAUCGCUGUUAGACCAACACCGCAUCAAGGUAGUCUUUGCGGGACGUGAUGCUGUGGCUGCCCUUCUUACCUGCCGUUCUGUAUCUUUGGAAACCAUCAUACACUUUCAUUCUUUUGCGGACAGUGAUGAUCUAGCUGCCGCAAAGGAUUUGAACAUUGCUCUUAUUCCUUUUGAAAGUGUCGAGCUUAGCGGCCGCCUAAACCCACAGCAGCCCUUAGAGAAGCCCACCCCUGACACCAUCUUCAACUAUUCGUUAGACAAUGUGUCCAACUCCGAAGCUGAUGUUGUCUACCCCAUGUCACAGGGCCAGGUCCUACGGGAUAUCAAAAACAUGCUUCAAAAUUCCGUGCUUCCCGGGAAUCAUCAGCAACAUUGUAUGCUAUGGUUUUCAUCUUACGCGUCUCUUUUCAACCGAGUGUGUAUUCUAGGACUUCUGUCACAAGGAAAUGCUAUCGCUGCAACUGAUUCCGCGCGCUUGCAGGAGGCUUUCUUAAUAUUCAAGCCUUCUCUACUAGUCGCAUCUCCUUCGAUGUUUAAUGCUAGUAGUUUUCACCUCAGUCGUGCAAGACAAGGUCGCAUAUUUCUGUACAAGUGGUUGUUUGAUCGUGCAUAUCAGCUGCGCUCACGCCUUAUCUAUAUUAAUAAACGGGAUUCCUCACUCUUACGCUUCCUUUUUUUCAGGACCUUUGAACUUCAGCUUGGUGGAAAUGUUAGACGCAUUAUAUUGAAUAUCUCUGAGGAGAGUUCCUCUUUUCCCCUGAUUGAACAUAUAUCUGUGUGCUAUUCAUCUCAUUUACGGGAGGUGAGCUACAUCAACUCUGUGGGUCUACUUGUCGUCGACGGUAUACCGGCACCCGGUCUUCGUUUGGAGCUCGUACCGAUGGAAAAAUUGUCUGAAAAGGCCCAAAUCGGUGAGCUUAACAUUACCAAUCGAUGUAUCGAACAACGGCAUCUAAAGAUUGCUGCACGCUGGGAGAAGUCCCGGACCCUCACCCUCCUCGGUAGCUCAUCGGGAAUUCUUUGGCCGGUUGACUAUCAAUACACGAUUUCUAACGAGCUUGAACGUCUGUUUGCUUCUUCUCGUUAUGUGAAUGACAUCUUUGUCUUUUGUAAACCAAUGAAACCGCUGGUCGCGGUUGUGUAUCCUAAUCGAGAUACAAUUGAGUAUGAAUGGCAACAGAUUCAUAGUAUGACACCGCCGAGGCCCUUCAUUUGGAGGGACCUGGUCGAAUUUGCGCCAGAUCUCAUUCGAGCGGAUCUGAAUAAAAUAGCUGAGGAGCAUUAUUUGCAUCAUUCACAAAGAAUAGAGUUCAUUCAUCUCCAUCCGCAUGCUUUUCGUGACCACAGUGGCUUCCUUAACCCUUUCGGUAAAAACCGACGUGAAUGUAUGGGAAAGUAUUUUCUUUCUGUCCUGUGUCGCUUUUAUAAUGAGACAAGCCUUCACCCGAUGGCGAAUAUGACUCCCCUAUCUAACAGUAGCUUGGGUGAAACCGAUAGCGAACAGAUGAAUAUCAUGAGUCCUUCCACCAUGAAGGAAACUCUGCGGCUGAAGGUGCCAAUUGCACUUGAUAUUGGUGGCACAUUUACAAAGAUUGCGUAUGUCGUGCCGCCGGGCAUGCAAGAAAUUGAUUCACUAUCUUUUAUCAUCCAUGAGGCUUCUUCUCUCACAGAUGCAAUGGGGGGCCGAUUGUUUUCCUUUUUCGAGGAUGGAAAUAAGGCGAGGUGUGAAUCUGAGCAAUGCCCGUGGUCCCAUGUUGGAAAGAUUCGUUUCGCGAGGGUUCCGUCUCAAAAAACACAUCAGCUUGUAGAGUUCUUUGCAGAGAAUAAAGUGAUCAAUAAUUACAAAAAAAAGUACACCAAGAGGGUACGUGCCACAGGUGGCGGGGCGUACAAAUAUGCUUCACUCGUGAAGGAAGCUCUUAAUGUUGAGUUUGACGCCGUCAAAGAAAUGUAUGCUGUUGUGAAGGGCUUAAACUUGAUUAUAGACCAAGCACUAAAUUCCAUUUUCACUGUCGAUGUGGCUUCCGGAAGACAUAUGCCACAUCGGCUCACAGGAUCUGGUGAUUCGUUCGCGCCGUAUCCAUACUUAUUGAUUAAUAUCGGGUCUGGUAUUUCCUUUAUCAAGUGCUUCGGUCCAGACGGUUCACAUGUGCGGGUUGGCGGCUCGCCUAUCGGUGGUGCUACUUUUUGGGGUCUCACCCGAAUUCUUACAAACUUAACAUCAUGGGAUGAGGUGUUGGAAAUUAUGCGUCUGGACGGUCCUGGUGACAACAAAAACGUGGAUUUGCUUGUAGGUGAUAUAUACGGUUACAAUGUGAAGGAACUGCCUGCCAUGUUGUCUUGCGAGAGUGUCGCAAGCUCUUUUGGAAAGUUUGGAUCCGAGCGUUUUUACGAAGCAGCUUGUUCUGGCCCUGUUGAUCAUUUUGCUGAUGAUAAUACUGGGGAGCUUCUUUCUCCAGUGUUGAAUAUGACAACCGCUCCGUUUCACGCACAGAAUUCUGAUAAAUCGCCGUCUGUUGCCUCUUCACUCGAUAUUGUACGAUCUUUACUGAAUAUGAUCUCUGGUAAUGUUACCCAACUCGCCUAUCUUCAUGCAAAAAUACAUGGCGUGAAGAACAUUUUCUUUGCUGGUGGUUUCGUGCGGAAUAAUCACCUUGUUUGCAGUCUCAUCAGUGCCACAUUACUUUACUGGUCCUCCGGGGAAGCUAAUGCACAUUUUCUUGAGCAUGAUGGGUAUUUAGGUGUAUUGGGGAGCGCUGUAUGUGAUAAGUCUUCAGAAUAG